AUGAAGUACCAUAAAGUAACUAAUGAGUCACAGGUCAUUAUUGUCAGAGUAUUUCCAUAUAUUGUUUCAGAACCAAUAACUAAGUUUUAUGUGAAUGAGUUGAUUCAAUUAUUAAAAUCAAAGACAAUGAUAGUCAGGCAGGAAACUGAAUGUUGUAUCAAACUACUUAUUCAAAGGCAUAUGAUUGAUGCACAAUCUAUUCCACCACUAUUUAGAAGAAUCGUCAUUAAUAAAAAUACCCAACCUCUUCAAAAGAAAGUUGAAAGAAAAUUAGAAACACAGAAGAAAGUAAUGAAAAUUAAACAACCAGUGAAUGAAUUAAGAAAUACACUCCAUCACUUAUUAAAAACCAUUGACAAUUGA